CCACGACCCGACGAAAUGUCGCGUGCGGCCGCUAGAAUUUUCCUCACGCCGUCGCGGCUCCCACUCCCACUCCCUCUCCCACUCCUCCCCAAGCGGCGGCGGCGGCGGCCGCCACCGAGCAGCGGCGCGACGAGGGCAUCGUUCGCCAUGGCGGCCGCGCCGGGGCGAGGCGGCGGCGAGGCGUUCCGUCUGUCGGCGGAUGCGGGCGCGGGCGCGCUCAAGCUGCAGAAGGGCGACAUCACCCUCUGGUCCGUCGACGGCGCCACCGACGCCAUCGUUAAUGCUGCUAAUGAGCGAAUGCUAGGAGGUGGAGGUGUAGAUGGAGCUAUACAUCGAACUGCUGGACCUGAACUCGUAGAGGCAUGCCGUAAAGUUCCAGAGGUCAAAUCUGGAGUUCGCUGCCCCACUGGAGAAGCUAGGAUUACUCCAGCAUUCAAGCUUCCUGUUUCCCGCGUGAUACACACUGUUGGGCCCAUAUAUGAUAUGGACAAGCAACCUGAGGUCUCCUUAAAUAAUGCCUACACAAAUAGCUUGAAGCUCGCUAAACAGAAUGGUAUUCAAUACAUUGCAUUACCUGCAAUUUCUUGUGGUGUUUAUCGUUAUCCUCCAAAGGAAGCAUCGAAGAUUGCUGUUUCUACUGCACAACGAUUUUCUAAUGAUAUUAAAGAGGUACACUUUGUUCUGUUUUCUGAUGAGCUCUAUGAUAUCUGGCGUGAGACUGCCAAGGAAUUUCUGUCACAAUUUGAGAAAUGAAUUGUGAACUGUGAUGAGGCUUACUUCCUGGUGUAAGUCUGGUGCCGACCGUGCCGUAGUUGCCGUCGUUAAUAUGAGCACUAGAGCCGGUUGGCCAUGAUAAAACCUGUAUCUGUAUGACAGUAUGAGUUGCUUAGUGGUGAAUGGAUAUGCCCUGAAUGGCAUAUUUAUCAAAAUAAAGGUUUCAUCUCUGAAUUAUGCUAAUUAACAUACUUGUACUCGAAAACCAAUAACCAUGUCUUAUCGUUAGACUUAGAAUGUUACAUCUAACCUGGGGCGUUUUGAACUGUUAA